ACCAAGAAUGUGUUAGAAAUAGAGUUACUAAUUGGCGCAGAUUAUUUGUGGUUAUUUCAAGAAGGGCGUACGGUUAGGGGCAAGAGUAAUGAACCUGUUGCGGUACAAACCAAAUUAGGAUGGGUGUUGUCAGGUCCACUGAAGAGUAGCUCUGAAGAUGAUGAUGGUCCUACAUCGUGCGCACAGGUAAGUACAAACCUUAUUGGGCAUGUAAAUUCAUCAAAGAAUAGGUCCCUUGAAGCAUGUGUUGAAAAAUUAUGGGAUUAUGAAACGUUAGGUAUAAAGCAUGAAGAGGAAGCUAGUGAGUUAUUAAAUGAUUCAAUACAUUUCAUGGCCAACGAUAUAGUGUAA